AUGAAGCCUGCAAUAAUGUUACUCACCCUCUCUUUCCUCCUCUUUGCCUUCAUCACCACCGCUGAUAUUCCACUAGCCUUCUCAGAAGAUGCUGAACAAGUGUUGGACACGUUUGGAAAUCCCCUUACACCUGGUGGUAGAUACUUCAUCAUGCCAGGUAUUCGUGACUCAUCUGGCGGUGGACCACGGCCGGGAAUAUGUGGGAACCAAACAUGCCCGGUUGAUGUACUAGAUUACUCCGACCCUAUGAAAAGCAUGGCAGUAAAAUUCACCAUCGCCGCGGACGUAAGCACCGUUAUCAUCUUCACAGGUACACCACUGGAUAUUGCAUUUGAGAAGCCAGAGUGUGCUGCCGGAUCGUCCAAGUGGGUGGUGGUUGGUAAUGAUUUCCCUGGAGUAUGGGUGGGUAUUGGUGGCAGUGAAGACCACCCAGGAAAUGAAAUCACGAGUGGGAGUUUUAAGAUUGAAAAAGAUGGAUUUUGUUACAAGCUUGUGUUCUGUCCCACGUCCGUCCCAAGACUCCCACCUGGUGUUUGUGUUGAUGUUGGUGUUGGAUUUCUAUCUCAGAAAUCCCUUGAACGCAAUUGAUUAUCACAAUCAAUGCUAGAUUUAGGAACAAUCAACACAAGAAAGAAAGAAUGAAUCUUGAAGUAAACGUAGGAAAGAUCAAAAACUCUGAUUGAAUGAAGAAGAUGAA